AUGGGCCAGAAUCUCAGCGCCAGUGAUAGAAGCAGCCCCAAAGCUCCCCGAGAGUUUGGCCAUGGCUUGUUGAAGGAGUUUCACUUCGACGAGGGCUGGAGGAACCUGAACCAUGGCUCCUACGGCACCAUCCCCAAGGCAAUCAGCCAGAAGCGCCGCGAGUACCUGGACCGCUACGAGGCGCGCCCGGAUGUCUUCAUCCGCCGGGACCUGGCGACGCUCGUCAACGAGUCCCGCGCGGCCGUGGCGCAGCUGGUCAACGCGCCCCUGCGUGACGUUGUCUUCGUCGGCAACGCGACCGAGGGCGUCAACACGGUGAUGCGGAACCUGCACUGGAACGAGGACGGGCGCGACGUCAUCAUCAGCUUCGGGACCAUCUACGAUGCCAUGGCGCGCGCGGAGGAUUUCGUGGUCGACUACUUUGAGAAGAAGGUCGCCGCCAGGGACAUACUGCUCACGUACCCGGUCGAGGACGACGAGAUCCUCAGCUUGUUCCGCGAGACAGUGCGGGAGAUCGAGGCGGAGGGGAAGCGGGCGAGGGUGGCCGUGUUCGACGUCGUGUCGUCGAACCCGGGGGUGGUGUUCCCCUGGGAGGCGGUGACGGCGGCGUGCCGCGAGCUCGGGGUGCUGAGCCUCGUGGACGGCGCGCAGGGGAUCGGCAUGGUCCCUCUGGAUCUACAGAAGACGGACCCGGACUUCUUCGUGAGCAACUGCCACAAGUGGCUGCACGUGCCGAGGGGCUGCGCGGUCUUCUACGUGCCGGAGCGGAACCACGCGCUGGUGCCGUCGUCGCUGGCCACGUCGAGGGGCUACGUGCCGAGGGAGGGCGGGCGGGCGCUGAGGACGCAGCCGCUGCCCGACUACGGCGAGGAGGGCCACCUGGCGUUCAACUUUGGGUGGGUGGGCACGCGGGACGACUCGCCGUACAUGUGCGUCAAGGACGCGAUCGCGUGGCGGCGGGACGUGCUGGGCGGGGAGGAGAGGAUCCUGGCGUACCUCUGGGAUCUGAACAAGAGGGGCAUCAGGCACGUCGCUGGGGUGCUGGGGACGGAGUACCUGGACAACAAGACGGGGACGAUGACCAACUGCGGGAUGGGCAACGUCGGGCUGCCGCUGUGGGUGGCCAAGGAGGAGGAGGGGGAGGGAGGGGGGAAGGUGACGGAGGGAGGGGGGAAGGGUCUGGUGCUGUCGCGGGAGGAGGCACAUGCGGCGUUUGAUUUCAUGUCCAGGGCGCUCAUGGACGAGUACAAGACGUUUGUGGCAUUGUACGUGCGGUGGGAUAGGUUCUGGGUGCGGAUCAGCGCGCAGGUGUAUCUGGAGAUGGAGGACUACGAGUGGCUGGCCAAGGUGCUCAAGGAGCUUGGGGAGAGAGUGGUCAAGGGCGAGUUUCGCAGUCAGAAGCAGCGGGAUUAA